UGUGUGGAACUGCACAGGAAAACGAUUGAGCAUAGAUCACCGGACUCCACACAGAGAGAGAGAGAGAGAGAGAGAGAGAGAGAGUUCUGUUUCUAUUUGAAGACCGGGCUGGUCGUCAGUCUCCCACAGACAAGCUUGAUAGAUAGCUUAUCGCUAUCAGCAUGUUCACUCUCCAAUCCAAAUAUCUUCUCUUCCCUUCCACCCUCACAAACCGCUUAGAUCCAUCUGCUUAGAAAACCCUGUGAGCAUGUGAAGUGAAACUCUCUGUCUCUCUUCAGCUUCUUUUUUCCGAGCAUGCUUCCCCCUGUUAUUUUUAAUCUCUACUUUUUUGGUUUCUUCUAUUAAAUCAAGACCUGUUGAGGAGUCUGAAGAAAUAUCCCUUCCCUGUUUGUUCUCUUCCUACUCCUAAAGUUCACAGCCCCAUUUCCCUGAAGCUCAAUUCAGAUUCUAGGUCGCUCCUUUUCGCAUAUUCUUGUAAUACUCCGAGACCGAACCAGUGAAGGGUUUUAUCAGUUUCAGGAUUGAAUUUCUGUUUAGGGAUAUCAGAAAUGCAAGACCCGACGGCAUUCCAGCCGAUGAAACCCCCCUUUCCUGAACAAGAACACCUUAAAUGUCCUCGUUGUGAUUCCACCAACACCAAAUUCUGCUACUACAACAACUAUAAUCUCUCGCAGCCUCGUCAUUUUUGCAAGAAUUGCAGAAGGUAUUGGACCAAAGGCGGUGCUCUCCGAAACAUACCAGUCGGUGGUGGAAGCCGAAAGAACACGAAACGAUCGUCAACUGCCAAACGCCCUUCUGCUUCUUCUUCUUCGCCAUCAGCAUCAUCUUCUCCUGCCUCAGUUCCGUCUGCAUCAACAGCUGGUCCGGAUCCUAACCCGCCCCGGUUUUGUGCCAACCUGAGUGGUCCCGUGAACCUUGGUGGGAGUUUCAGUUCUCUUCUGGCAUCAACUGUGCAGUGGGGGGGCUUAUUGGAGGGUUUGAAUUCAAGUGGGUCUGGAUUGAAAAUGAUGCAACUGGGUGGAUUUGGAGAGAAUGUGGGUUCUGGCCAUGGGAAGAAUUCGGAUUCGGGUCGAAGCCCGGGGAUGGAAAGGCAGAGCAAUGGUAAUUCGGAGGGCUUUCUGGGUAUGCAAAAUGUUGAUUCAAACUGUUGGAAUGGUAGUAGCAAUGGGUGGUCUGAUCUUGCAAUAUAUACACCGGGGUCAAGCUAUCAGUAGAAGAAGCAAAAGAAAAUUAACUGAACUCUUUUAUGAUUAUGUUGGUGAUUAUGAGAUUUAUACUUGAAAACCGUUUAUGAGAUGGGUGAUCAUAGUUACUCAAAAAGCAUUUUCUGACGCUAUUGAAUGGAAGAUCUCAUACCAUAGAAAAGGCCUCUAUAAAAGCAUCAACGUUUAGGUAAUCUAAUAGCUCUCUUGUUUUGUGAUUUGUUUGCGAAUGGUGUUUCUUUAAUGAUGGAGAAGAAACGAAUAGAAAAUCAUAUUGAUGAUAAUUUCUGGAGGGAUACAUAUGAAUGUUGUUAGAAUGGCUGUGUUUGUGAUGUAGGAGAUUUGUUAGCGUGGUUUGGGAUUCUAAUUUAAUCUAUAUGUAUUGAAUACAUGUAAUAUUAUGUAUCUUUACGCAUAGUUUUUCAUGGACCUGUGGCUGUAUCGAUUUGAGUAAUUUCAAUUCAUUUGUGCAUUCUCAUUAA